AUGGCUGACAAGGUAAUCGAUAACUAUGUCCAGCCGGCUAUUCCUCGCUUCGAUGGUCAUUAUGAUCACUGGAGCAUGUUGAUGGAGAAUUUUCUAAGAUCCAAAGAAUAUUGGACUCUCGUGGCAACCGGUAUUGUAGAACCGGCCAUUGAUCGUACAAUUCUUGAGACCAUUCUCCAGAAAGAAACUUCCAAGCAGAUCUGGGACUCACUGAAGAAGAAAUAUCAAGGCACAUCGAAGGUCAAGCGCUCCCAACUCCAAGCACUUCGCCGAGAAUUCGAGACCUUUCAAAUGAAAUCUGGUGAGAGUGUUUCAGAUUAUUUUUCAAGAACAAUGACGAUUACAAAUAAGAUGCGGAUCCAUGGUGACCCGAUGCAAGAUGUUACCAUCGUGGAAAAGAUUCUUCGCUCCUUGACUACGAAAUUUGAUUACAUAGUCUGUUCCAUUGAGGAGUCCAAGGACAUUGAUGAACUAUCGGUUGAUGAGUUGCAGAGUUCGUUGCAGGUCCAUAAACAAAAACUCCACCAAAGGAUCACUGAGGAGCAAGCCUUGAAGGUCUCAACAAAUGAUGAAUCUUCAGCAGCAAGAGGUUGA